AUCAGAUUACAGUAGACGCAGGCACCAGGUGCGCCGAGCCCAGCGGUAUCACCGUCAGCGGACGUUGGACUAUAUCGAAGACCUUGAAACAGAAAUUAUUCGUUUAAGAGGGUUAUGUGAAAAUACGUGGAACGGAGACAGUAAAGAGCCAUGCUCGCAAAUUCCACCCAAUAAUGGCACUCCAAGCCUUGACAAUGUGAGUGUGAGCGUCCUUAUCGAGGCAUUUGACGGUCAGAUUGCACCUGGAGUAUGCGUGGCCAGUCACGCGGCGGGUGUAUCUCCCUACCAAUCACCACGCAUCUCUGAGCCAAGCGAUCGGCCCUGUGUAGCCACUCCGAUCCCCUUGAACCUAGAGUUCGUCGAUCCUUUGACCAGGAUGCUCCUUUAUAAUUUCUCUCAAAACAUAGCACCCACCCUUGUCGUCUUCGACGGACCAUCAAAUGGAUUCAGAUGUCAUAUACUGCCUCUUGCAUGGGAUAACGAGCUGGUUCGGCAUGCCCUAUUGGCUUUAUCAGCAAAUCACAUGCGAUUUAAGCGCCUCCAGCUUCUGCCGCUGGCAUUGGCCUUUCAAUCAAUGGCUAUUGAGCAGCUCUCCGCAAUUUCUAAGACGGAUAAUCCUGAUGGUGACAUGAGAGUAACGGUUUUGGCUACCAUCAUUCUCUUACUCAUCACUGAUAUGAUUAAUGGCGGACCCCAGUUCCAUCUUUUAUUCGGCAUGGUAACGUCGUGGAUAGAUGCAACAAACUGUGGCUUUGUUCCUCUUAUGCAUCGAACGCACCACUCAGACAUGGAAAUUUUCCUCCUUGGCCAAUUUGACAUGGUACGCCGCUAUGCAAAACCCUUGACAACCGAGCGAAUUGCCAUACGUGAGCAGGAUGGCUGUACUCCCCUUACCGUUCCUACCGGCACGCUCAGAGAUAAUUUGACUCGAAUUUUUAAGUCAAUAAGCGAGGCCAUCAAGUACGCCUGCUAUAUAUAUCAUUGUCAUAUCAUGAACGAUACACUCCCUCCUGAUCUCGAGGACCUCCUCAUUAAGUUAAAGGAUAAUACUCGACGCAUACCCCCAUAUGCCCCUGGUGAAAAUAGCUUGGCUUGGGUAUAUUUUAUUGCUGCUGCCGAGAGCUCUAUUCCUACCAAGCGUUUAUAUUUUACGAGACGGCUCAUGGGGCUCUUCGAGAGGGGCAGUUUUAGCAACCCAACGCCAGCCUUUGUCAUGCUGCACCAUAUUUGGAAUUGCCAUGACUCUGGGAGAAGCUGGACCAAGUAUCUUAGAGGCAAAAAUUCUUUUCCAAUCACGCUGUCCCCUACCUAAACCCCGUUUAGGGUGUUAAGUCGGAAUUCACCGGUUCGCACCAUCGCC